AUGGAGGAGGAAGAGACCUUUGAUAAGUUCUAUGCUAAACUCAAGGAUAUUGUGAAUUCUACCUUCAAUCUUGGAGAAUCUAUUGCGGAACCUAAAAUUGUUAGGAAAAUCUUUAGGUCCCUACUUGAAAAAUUCCAUGCCAAGUUCACUACCACUGAAGAAGAAGAGAGUGAUAACUCUGAAGAUGAAGAUGAAGAUGAGGAUGAAGAUGAGGACUUAACCUUCAUAGCUAAUGAAAUUAUCAAGCUUCUCCAAAAUAGGAAAAAGGAUAAGAACAAAACCCCAAGGAAAUCUAAAUCCUCUAAGAAGGGCAAGAAUAAGAAACUCCUCAUCUAG